AUGCUCGUAAACUGGGCCGCCGCCGCAUGGCUGCAGAGCUUCUCGUUGUUGGCUGAGGCAAGCCACGCUUUGUCUGACACGUUGACUGACAUACUGACACUCGUGUGUCUGUACAAGGCACGGCAGAAGCCUACAACCAAAUACCCAUUGGGCUAUGCAAAAAUGGAGCCACUAGGCUCGUUCUUCUCUAGUGCGAUGCUUCUUUUGACAUCGGUAGGCAUCGGUGCACAAGCCCUUGUCCACCUCGCGACAUGGCUGAUACCAUCGCAUGCAUGGAUCGGACAACUACUUUCAUGGACCAGGAUUUACCACGAUGACAUGCAUCACCAUAAUCACCAACAUCAAUCUACCUCGAUUAUAUACGCCGUCAUUUCGAUCGUGCUCUCAAUACUUGUGAAGGAGGCUGUGUUUCGCAUGCUGAAGAAUGCGGCACAGAGUGCUCGUAGCUCAGUUCUUGAGGCUAGCGCAUUGCAUCAACGCAUGGAGAGUUUAGCUUCAGCUAUGUCGCUCGUUACCAUUGCAGCUACAUGGCUUGGGUAUGCAUGGCUCGAUCCUAUUGGGGGCAUGAUUCGUGCAGUGUAUAACGGCAAAGAUGCCUGGGCACUCCUCGUUGAAUCUGUGGAUCGCUUGUGCGACUGCAGUGCGGGUGAUGAAUGGACCCGCAGGAUCGAACAUGCAUUAGAGCAAGCAGCCCACUGCGCUGUAAACACAUCAGAUAUGCCCGCGUUCACAUGGAGCGAGCUUCUCGUUGUGACCAAUGGUUCGGCACUCACAGUGUACGUGACAUUGACCCUGCCACCACAGAUCACCCUUCAAAAGGCACUCGCCGCCGAAUCAUUCGUCCGCGAGUACAUCGGCACACAUCACAAUGAGGUACGUAUCUUUUUAAGAUUACACACACGUGUUGGCACCAAAUGA